AUGCGAGAAAACGGUUAUUCUAAAGCCGAUAUGAUUGCCGAAGUUGCAAGUGAUCUUAGAAAGGAGAAGAAAAUAAAGGUUGUAUCGAACAAAGCGGUGGAGAACUAUUAUAAUCAAACAACGAAAUCCGACGUCAGGACUAUGGGAGCAAUCAAAUCUUGGAUCGAGCUCAAGACUAAAGGAAAAAAUAAAUCUACAUUCAACGAUAAUAAUAAUAUUAAUGAAGGGCCGUACGUUCUCUCCCUUGCAACUCUACCGUAA